AUGAAUCGGUUCAGGGCCUCUGUCUCGAUCGGAGGCAUGACUUGUGCUUCAUGCUCCACUAGCAUCCUCGCGGCACUCAAAAACACAGACUGGGUCACGGACGCCUCUGUGAACCUCAUUACGAACAGUGCAUCCGUCGAGUUCUCUGGCGCGGACAAGGCGCAGCAGCUCGUUGCCGCGAUCGAAGACUUGGGAUACGACGCCGAAGUGAACCAAGUCGAAGAGGUUACAGAUGACUCGGAACAACGACAACAGCGGACGGUGGAGGUACGCAUCGAUGGCUUCUGGUGCGACGAAUGCCCUCGCCGGGCGGUGGCCAAGCUUCUCGAGGGUUUCUAUGUCGACGAUCAGGGCCACAGUGCCAUCGAAAUACUCACCCACCCAUCCAAGAACAGACCGAUAAUGAAAUUGAGAUACUUGCCGGAGCCCUCACAAAUCAACAUCCGCCGCAUAAUAAACACCGUCAACGACAUGGACCCUGCUUUCCAGGCAACUAUAUACCACCCUCCGUCAGCGGAAGAGCGCCAUAGGUUGAUCCACGCCAGACAGCAGAAGCGAUUGCUCCUGAGGCUCCUUGGGACGCUCGCCGUGGCCAUCCCUACCUUCAUCAUUGGUAUUGUAUACAUGAGCCUAGUUCCCAUGGAAAACGAUGUGAAGAUGUACCUCAUGGAGCACUUGAACCACGGAAUCAGUCGCUCCCAGGUUGCUCUCCUCGUCCUGGCGACCCCAGUAUACUUCUGUGCAGCGGAUAUUUUCCACCGACGAGCUAUCAAGGAAAUCUGGCUGCUCUGGCGACCAUCGAGCAGAACACCAUUACUCCAAAGGUUCUAUCGAUUUGGCAGCAUGAACAUGUUGAUGUCGUUGGGCACCACAAUUGCAUACGUAUCGUCCUGUGCCCAGCUCAUCGCAGCCGCUGUCCAUCCCCCAUCAGGCAUGGUUGACGAUUCAAACUUUUAUUUCGACUCAGUCGUGUUCUUGACGCUCUUCUUACUCGCCGGGAGGCUCAUUGAGUCUUACAGCAAGUCCAAGACUGGGAGUGCAAUUGAGGCCCUUGGGAAGCUUCGACCAACCUCGGCCUCUCUACUUAUCAACCACAGUACAACUCUGCCAAGUCAGCAACAGUCCGAAGCAAAGGAUGAGCGUUCCCAAAUCCAUGAUACUCAGCAGAAUGAGUCUUUGGAUGAGGUAGUGCAGCCGGAGGACCGGAUUGAGACAGUCAGUGUAGAUAUGCUUGACUUUGGCGACACAAUUCUCGUCUCGCACGGGGCAUCUCCACCCUGCGACGGACUUGUCACCAAGGGUGGGACGUUGUUCGACGAGUCUAGUUUGACUGGCGAGUCUAGACUUGUGAAAAAGUCAAUUGGUGACAAAGUCUUUGCUGGAACCAUCAACAAGGGCUCUCCUGUUCGCAUGGAGGUGACCGACAUUGCAGGACAGUCAAUGCUCGACCAGAUUGUCAACGUUGUCCGUGAAGGUCAGACGAAGCGAGCCCCUAUGGAAAGAGUUGCGGACUCCCUUACAUCCUAUUUUGUUCCGGCUAUCACGUUCAUCGCUAUCCUGACUUGGCUCAUCUGGUUUGUGCUUGGAAGCGCAGGCAUUAUUUCCCAGCGUUACCUCAAUGACCCCUCCGAGUCCUGGGUCGUCUUUGCGCUCCAGUUCUCCAUUGCAGUCUUUGUAGUAGCCUGUCCCUGUGGACUGGGACUCGCAGCUCCAACUGCGAUUUAUGUGGGAGGCGGCCUUGCUGCCAAGUUCGGCAUACUCGCAAAGGGUGGCGGCGAGGCUUUCGAGAAGGCGAGCCACCUCAAAUGCAUUGUUUUUGACAAGACUGGUACUUUGACUGAGGGUGGGGAUCCCAGAGUGGUAGACUGGGAAUUCUGCUCUGAUAAGAUGGAGCCGAAGUACGUUCUCUCUGCAAUUCGGAAUCUCGAGCAGAACAGCAGCCACCCUCUAGCCAAAGCGCUGAUUUCGUAUUGCGAAUCAGAGGCGGCUACCGACGUGGUCACAUUUAGCCACGUUGAAGAGAUACCCGGGAAGGGAUUGAAAGGUGUUGGGUGGGCUGCGGAAUAUGUGAUCGGCAACGAAACGCUGAUGAACGAAAUGGGUGUAUAUACUGCCCCAGAUGCUGCAGCGAAGCUUCGUUCAUGGAAGCAAGAUGGCAACUCAGUCGUCUUGGUUGCGACGAGGCAGAAUGAACCAAACUCAAUCUAUCGACUCGCAGCCUUCUUCGAAAUAUCGACCCCAAUCAGAAGCGAAGCAGCCCCUACCAUCGCUGCCCUGCAAGACCGUGGUGUCGACGUAUGGAUGCUCUCCGGGGACAACUCAACGACGGCUCGGGCUGUAGCGUUGCGUGUCGGCAUCCCAACCACCAAUGUCAUUGCCGAAGUGCUACCCACUGACAAGUCUUCAAAGAUCUUGGAAUUGAGGGAGGCAAUGACUCUCAAAUAUGGAGCGAAGAACAAACGCGCCACAAUAGCCAUGGUCGGUGAUGGCAUCAACGACGCGCCAGCCCUUGCCGUCGCCGAUGUGGGCAUUGCUAUCGGCUCCGGCACCGACGUCGCCAUCUCUUCGGCAGACUUUGUCCUUGUCAAGUCUGACCUGCGGAGCGUUGUCACCCUACUGGGGGUAAGCAAGACGGUAUUCCGCCGCAUCAAGUUCAACUUUGGCUGGGCAGUCAUAUACAACCUUCUGGCGAUCCCGUUCGCGGCAGGGUGUUUCUACGUCCUCGGUGUCAAGUUAGAUCCCGUCUGGGCCAGUCUGGCCAUGGCCCUUAGCAGCAUCAGUGUCGUACUGAGUAGUUUGGCGUUGAAUAUUGGUAUUCCUGGUUUAGGUUUCAGGGAAAGGAAGAUACCCAUUGGGGAGGUUUGA